GCAGCCAGUGAAGCAUCCAGCCUGCCGAGCGAGCCAGGGUUCGGGGUCAGGAACCGGUCUGACAACACAAUGGCAAUCCUGCCCCCGCACUGUCAGUAGGAGUCCGCACUUUCGGGGAUGAACCCGCCAGCGCGCUGGAUCCGAAAGCUCCGUGCAGAGAGGGAAAGAAUGUCAAGGCGAUUUUCAGGACGUAGUGAGUGUGCCUAAAAAUGUCCGAUAGUAUCGAUAUUGAAGAGAAACCACCAGCCCCCCCCUUGAGAAUGAACAGUAACAACAGAGAUUCUUCCACGGUAAAUCACGGCUCCAAACCGCUCCCGAUGGCUCCAGAAGAGAAGAACAAGAAGGCGCGACUGCGCUCCAUCUUUCCUGGGGGAGACAAAACCAACAAGAAGAAGGAGAAAGAGCGUCCUGAAAUAUCCCUGCCCUCUGACUUCGAGCACACAAUACAUGUAGGCUUUGAUGCUGUGACGGGGGAAUUCACCGGGAUCCCGGAGCAAUGGGCGCGGCUCCUCCAGACAUCCAACAUCACCAAACUGGAGCAGAAGAAGAACCCACAGGCCGUGCUUGACGUGCUCAAGUUCUACGACUCUAAAGAGACGGUCAAUAACCAGAAGUACAUGAGCUUCACAUCUGGAGACAAAUCGGCACAUGGCUACAUGGCAGCCAACACUCUGAACCGACUCCUGUCCUCCGGGCCUCCAGUCAGCCUUAGAACCUGCAGCGCUUUAUUUGACAAGGGCACGAAGACCGCAUCCGAGCCCCCGCUGGCUCCGCCCGUGUCAGAGGAGGAAGACGAAGAAGAGGAAGAGGAGGAGGAGGACGAUGACAAUGAACUACCUCCGGUUAUUGCCCCUCGGCCCGAGCACACAAAAUCAAUCUACACACGCUCGGUUUUAGAGCCGGCCGCACCCCCUGCCCCGGUGAAGGAGAUCACUACCCCACCUGAGUCACAGGUCCCGGAGAACACCUCCAGUAGCCUGUACAGACACACAGACCGCCAGAGGAAGAAAUCCAAGAUGACAGAUGAGGAGAUUCUGGAACGACUGAGAAGCAUUGUGAGCGUGGGGGACCCAAAGAAGAAGUACACACGCUUUGAGAAAAUAGGCCAAGGAGCAUCAGGGACUGUAUACACGGCCAUCGACGUUGCCACGGGGCAAGAGGUGGCCAUUAAGCAAAUGAACCUGCAGCAACAGCCGAAGAAGGAGCUUAUUAUCAACGAGAUCCUGGUGAUGAGGGAAAACAAAAACCCCAACAUUGUCAAUUACCUGGACAGCUACCUGGUGGGUGAUGAGCUUUGGGUGGUCAUGGAGUACCUGGCUGGAGGGUCCCUAACUGAUGUGGUGACCGAGACUUGCAUGGACGAGGGGCAGAUCGCUGCUGUGUGUCGAGAGUGCUUGCAGGCGCUGGACUUCCUGCACUCCAACCAGGUCAUUCACAGAGACAUCAAGAGCGAUAACAUCCUGCUGGGUAUGGAUGGCUCUGUGAAACUAACCGAUUUUGGCUUUUGCGCCCAGAUCACUCCAGAGCAAAACAAGCGCAGCACCAUGGUGGGCACGCCUUACUGGAUGGCCCCUGAGGUUGUAACCCGGAAGGCAUAUGGCCCCAAGGUGGAUAUCUGGUCCCUGGGCAUCAUGGCCAUUGAAAUGGUGGAAGGGGAGCCACCAUACCUGAAUGAGAACCCACUCAGGGCCUUGUACCUGAUUGCUACCAAUGGAACACCAGAGCUGCAGAACCCAGAGAGGCUAUCCUCCGUGUUCCGUGACUUCCUCAAUCGAUGCCUAGAGAUGGACGUGGACAGGAGAGGCUCGGCCAAGGACCUCCUGCAGCACUCAUUCCUGAAGCUGGCCAAGCCUCUCUCCAGCCUGACGCCCCUGAUUGUAGCAGCGAAGGACGCUAUAAAGAACAGCAGCCGCUAGUCCUGUCCGCCUACCGAGAGCUUUUCCAAUUCUCCUUGUUUGUGGGGGCUGGAGUUGUGGAACUCCUACGGAGCAGAACACGGACAAAACCCACCCCCUACAGGAGUGGGACCUUUGUGCUUUGGCCCUUUAAGGCUUGGAAAUGAAAAGCCUGGCUCUCAUCCGUGCUCCCAAGCGCUCUUUCGAUGUUUGAACUUUCGAAUCUGUCGGAAGCCCUCGCGUCUGCUGAGGGGGUCCGGAUUUGCAGAUGUCAUUCUGGGAAAACUUAAGCUCCUUCUCUGGAUUCAGCAAGGGAUCUGAGUCAAGAAACUGAAAAGAAAAGCCAAGGGGGAAAGAAAGGAAGAAAAAAAAAAAAAAACAUUUCCGGAAAACAUAGCAAAGAUCCCUUGAUUUGUAUCCUCUCAAGCUAUGGUCGGCGGUUUCCUUGUAUGCUGGGUUUCCCCAGCCCUGUCGAGUGGACCAUCAAGUGGCUUCACUCAGGAGAAAUGUGUACCAUGAACACUCCCAGAAUCCCCCACACAGCUGCAUGAACACAUCCCUUGUGGCAGGAUGUAACACGUCCAUUCAUACAGUAUCCUCUGCCCUGAUUGUAUAAAAUUGUGUGUGUGUGUGUGUGUGUGUGUGUGUGUGUGUGUGUGUGUGUGGGAGUCCACUUGCGUGUGCGAGAAAGUAGCUUCCUUCUUUUGGAAAAUCAAUUUUUACAUUAUCGAGCGGCAUCAUUCAACCAGGGCAUCGUAGCGUCAUCAACACAUUCUGUGCACAUUGCUUGUUGUCCAGUAGUAUGUUAUUUCAAAUAAAUUUGCCAGGGACUGUGAAACUAGUUCAUAUCUAUGUAUACAGUCACAAAUAAGAGCAAAAAAAAAAAUAUAUAUUUAACUAAGAAUAAUUUCGAUGAUCUCAACAAAACAAAAACCUCUGAAAUUUCUCUGUCGAUGAAGAAACGCAGCAAGGGUUGGAUUCACGAGAGGGCAAAAAAUUUGCGAAGAUGUUACGAGUCCAGCGGAUCUCGUAUGCCAUCAUAUUUGCAAAUUGUGUCUGCGGACAAAUAAGUAAAAGGCUUGACCUCUGAACUCUCUUGUCCUCCCUAUAAUUUAAGUGGAAUAACAUACAGACCUUAUCUUGUCAUCUACGUAUGUCGUAGUCUUGUUCACAAGAGCCAGCCAGACUGCAUGCACCCUAUGCCUGCAUGCAGACAUAUAUUUAUGUACUUUUGCAUUCAUACCUUAAAGAUUUUAUUCACACCCAUUUGUGCGCAAAACAAAGUGGACGUCGUUUCUUACUGAGUCGUGACAGCCAUAGAUGAAGCAGAUUGACUGGAACCUUCUGAAAUGCAGCACACGAAAAUACAGCGAGAAGCCUAUUCCCAUGCCAGUUUGUAUUUUAAAUCUGUGCUUCGUGUUCGAGGAGGAACCUUAACCUCGCCGAAUAUGCAGUUUUAAGACUUUGACUGACACACAUUUUGACAGCAUGUGGAACUGGUGCAGAAAUAGGAAAGGUUGCAUUCCAAUAAAGUGGCUGCAUUAUCAAAGCCUUUUUACUAUGCAUUUAUGAAUAAUUACCGUGCAGCGUUAUUGUGAGACACAGCUGGCCCUUACCCACUGUUAUUGCAAUACAACCAACAUGGUGCUUGCAGUUUUCUUUCAUGCUGACUUAGCGCACGCACUGGAAUUUUAAUAGUAUGAAUUAGUUAUCGGCGCAGAAACUGGGUUUUUUUUUUCUUUUUCUUUUUUAAAUCGAGUAAUUAGAAUUGACUGGUGUAAAGGGAUAUCUCAAAAUUAAGUGGGAAAAAAUGGAAAUAACAUUGGCAUGAGCUUGUGCGAACUGCUGAAAAGGGAACGUCGUUUCUUUUUUUAAGUCGUAGUGGAAAUCGCACGGGUCUGCAUCGAACGUCUCGUGCGACGCUUCCAACAAACCGCGUGUUCUCGUGCCUCCUUAAAUACGGUGAUGAUUUACCAACGUUAAUUUGCACAAGAAAGCUGCUUGGAGAAAAAUGCGUUUUCUACAUCAUCUCUUUAAGACGUUAGGUCUAUACAAAUGAAACAUUUUCUCUGCAUGAAAAGCCAGCCACCACCCCGUUGUGAAUCAACCCCUAGUCUCUAUUAAUGAUUCCAUGUACAGUAUGACAAGCCAUUUGUACAAAUUAGUGGAGCCCCAUAAUGGGUUAUGGAUGCACACCUGGGUGUGUGUCAGUCUGUUCAUCAAACGUGUAAAUACUUUCUAACAAGGGGUGCUAUUUUUAAGCCUUUCUCUGAGCUUAAGUAACCAUUCUAUGUGCUGGGGUCUUCUUGUUACUCAAAACAAUGUUCGGAAAAGUAAAAAAAAAUUGUGUGUGGGUGUAUGUGUGCAUUUGUUGGGGGUCGGGUCGGGGAGGGCAAUCGCACACUGUUUUUUGUGUUCUAAGGGUGAUUUUGUGUGCCAUUUUAUUAUGAUACCUUAAUUCUGAAACAUCGGUGAUGACCUCUAAAUACACAAAACAAAAAGUAAAGUACCCUGUUGUCUGCGACUGCAUAUCGUAUUAGUCCCGUUACGCUCGCCAGCCGCAGACCCAAGUGAAACAUCAACGGAACGUCGAUAUCGAUCAGAGUUCGAGGAUUAGAGGAAACCGUCCCAGGAAGUUUCAGUAGCACAGGCAGAUCAGAGCUGUGUGCUGCAGAGCUGAAAGGUUCAUAUGUAAAGCGUUGGAUGACUUGAGUACAAUCCAUCGCUCACACUAAUAGGGUUCAGUCCUUCUGGAAUUGGAUCCUUUUCCACGUAGUGCUGCCGUGAACCGAAAGAGGCUUUGCGAGCGCGGUCCAUAAUAAGAAAUUAUCCAAGGCUACAAAGAUCACGUGGACAUUGAAGGAAACAUGACAGUUCCAUCUAGAAGACAGAAGUCUGUAUGGAAGCUGCCAACGGUUUUGGAAAAUUCGGAGAAAACGGCUGGAACAAGGGUUUGCUUCAAGUCUGAAGAGACGGAGCGCUUCGCUAGCAUCACUCUCUCACACACACACACUCACUGUACUCCUUUUUUCAAUCUCUCCCACAAUUACUGAAAUAAUGCGAGAAGAUCCACAAAAUGGUCCAGUCCCUAGUGUUCCCGUAUGCCAAUGACAUUCGAUGCUCCUUGCCGUGCUCUGCUGCCGAGCUUGCAAUACACACAGUAAAAUGAACGGCGUUGAUGGAACGAAGUACAAUUUUCAAUAAGCGUAAGAUUUAAGCGAACUGCGCCAUUUUACUGUACGCUCCUGACAGAUGGCCGCACAGAUCUGUUAGGAUGGAACUACCUCGAUCUGCCCUGGAUGCCACUGCUCCCACUCAGCAACACUGUGAGCUGUUAGGGGCCUCGGGGGGGGGGAGGGGGAGGCGGAGGUGGCUUCGGCGUGGAUCUCCUCUCUCCCGUCGAUCCGAAACCCAAGGCUGGGGUUAUGCGCAGCCGCCCGGUUACCAGUUUCCAAGGUGGAACACAGUAGUUUCCCAUCAGUUGCUUCAUGAGGUUCCAACUGCCGUGCGUACGACAACGCAGCCGCUGAUCUUCACAAGAACAAGCCCCUUGCGAACUGGACAUUCAAGCUCAGGAAUCUAAAUCCACUCUGCUCUGUGGCGUACUCCGAAAUUAUUCGGUCCAUCCUCAAAAUUGAACGCACGAACGCAAACGCCUAUGAAACACGGCAUCGUCACGCCUCUACGGAAGGCGUCCGAAUACGACGACGCAGAUCGUCACGGCUUUUCGUUUAUCGUGGUACCUGCACCCUGCAAGACAUUGUUUAGCAGUUGGUUUGCUUUUUUGUUCGUCCUGCUUCGAUCCUUUCAAAAGCCUUUAAGGGUCUUAAAAGAAAAGGCACUAAAAUACCUCCCGGACAGUGGACAUCAAACUCUGGCUUCAGCUUUUUUUGUCCGUUGCUUCUAUACAUUCCUAUUAUUUUUCCGAAUGUGUAAAUCUGUACAUGUGGUGAAUACUAUAAAUGUGUAUCAAGAGACAGAGAGUAAAGGAAUAAUAUUUCUUUAUAGAUGAUUACCUUUGUUAACCACCGAGCUCAUCGUUCUGCCUCGCCGUAGUCUUUCUGUAAUCUUUUCGGAUGAAAUGAGGAAGCGUGAGCGCGAGGGAGGGCAGUGUGGGGAAAAAUGAUCGUUUUCAAUAAGGUAUUUUUAAAUGUGUUUGAAGCAAUAGACUUUUUGAACUCUGAAUUUGUGCA